AUGAUAAAAGUACUGAAUUCCGUUGGUGCCCACAAAAUCUUUUCAUCAGAGAUGUGGAGGGCAACCCUAACUGAGCUAGUAGCAACAGCUUGCCUGUUAUUCACAUUAACCACUUCCAUAAUCUCAUGCCUGGAAUCAACCACUGCCGAGCCCAAGUUUCUAAUCCCAUUUGCAAUCUUUGUCAUUGCCUUCUUCUUCCUGUUGACCACGGUCCCUUUAUCAGGGGGUCACAUGAGCCCUGUGUUCACAUUUAUUGCCGCCCUUGAAGGUGUUAUAACUCCUGUCCGUGCCUUGUUUUAUAUGUCGGCUCAAUGUGUAGGCUCAAUCGUGGCUUAUCUAGUAAUCAAGAGUGUAAUGGACAAAAAUGCAGAAGAAAAAUAUUCCCUGGGUGGCUGCAUGAUUGAUGGAAAUGGUGAAGGGAUAAGCCCUACAAAUGCAUUUAUAUUAGAAUUCUCAUGCACAUUUAUUGUGCUAUUUGUUGGUGUAACCGUGGCAUUUGACAAGAGAAGAUGCAAAGAGCUAGGUUUACAAAUGGUAUGUGGUAUACUGGCAGGGGCAAUGACACUUGCAUUUUUUGUGUCCAUUUCUGUAACGGGAAGAGCUGGAUAUGCUGGUGCGGGCUUGAACCCUGCAAGGUGUUUAGGGCCAUCAUUACUGAAAGGAGGCCGAUUAUGGUAUGGCCAUUGGGUAUUCUGGGUGGGACCUUUUGUUGCUUGUAUUGUUUAUUAUGGAUUCACUCUGACCUUGCCUACAGGGACGUCAUGAUGAGGGGAGAUGACGAACUUGAUGUUUUACAGAUAGGGUUCUUUUGGAGAAUUGGCUUUCUUAAUAAAACAUUAGAAGAAAGUGUCGAGGCAGACGUCCUGGUCCUGAAAACCAUGGCCACCAGCUACAAGGAAAAGAAGAAAUGUUUGUCAUCCUUUACCUUUGUACUUUUCU